UGUCAACUCAAACCUUCUCGGACAAGCCAGCGCUUCUCGCCUCUCUUUAGACGAGACGACUCGACGUUCCAGCCGUUCCCAAGUGGGCCCGUUGCACCAGCAUCCGCAUGACGUUGAGGCUCGAGCUUUCUGCUACUUAUUGAUUGUACAUACUUACCCAUCUCCCUCGAGAUUCCCAUGUUCCCACGCGAUCACCAUCACCGCCAUUCUCCGCUCUUCCAGUCCUAAUCGCUACCUCGUUAUGCCUGAACGCCCCCAGAAUCUCCACACUUCAAAGUCCUUCACGCGCCUGGAGUCGGACAGAUCACCCGCCCCUGACUCGACCUCCCGCAGUAGAGCGAGCACUCUUCAAGGGCCCCCGAUGCCUGCCAUUGACCCUCUCAAUCCCCUCAAGAUCACCCUAUCGCCUCAGGAAGAGGAUGCUCACGCCGAUGGGGACGUGUUCGCCAACAAGACCGAGGAAGAUGAAGCGGCUCAGCCUGAGUUUGCUGUGCCUGGUCGAUUUGAGGAGCUGCCUAUAGAGAUUCGCAGCUUGACAGAGAGGUUCCUCGAAUCUUUGUCUGCCAAAGUCCAUCCCAGCCCUCUCACCGCCGAUGCGCUCUCAGAUCUCUUUCAAGACUUCUACACACGUGCCUCGAGCAAGAUCAAUACACACAUUGCAACCCUAUCCGCCCGCCUCACGAGUGAUUCCUUCAAGAAGUCCUCCUCCAGCCGUCAGGGGUCUAUCCGGUCCACUAAUGGCGAAGGAGCAGAGCAACAGAUGCUCAGCGCGACCGAGAUGUCGGAUCGGAAGAAAGCGAGAAGGGACCUGGAGGUCAAACGCGCUGCACUCGAGGAGGCUGUUGAGCGUGCCGUGUGUGAGAAAGUCUACGAAAGAAUCUGGCGACACCGCAGCACCGAUGAUGAGGAAAGGGACCACAAGCUGCGAUCCCGUACGGCCGCCCUGUCCUUGGUUGGGAUAGGUUUGACGGAGCUUCUGAUGACGGGCGAGAAUAUGACUGAUGAGGAACGGACCAAGACAAAGGAGCGCGAGGGCGGUGUACGCGAAUAUCUUUCCUCUGCGCGGGACGAUCUUUUGAGGAUGAACGACAUCAAUUACCCUCUCGGGAAAUUGCAGCACCUGACUGCAGCCCACAAAUCCAUUGUAGACGCGUUGUCCAAGAUCUUCCCAGCGUCUUCGUCCGCGGACGAGAUUCUGCCCACGUUGAUCUACACACUAAUCACCAUGCCCCCCGAGAGUCUCAAUGUGAUAUCUCAUCUGAAGUUUGUACAGAGGUUUAGAGGUUCCAGCCGGGUAGAUGGAGAGACCGCAUACUGCUUGGUCAACUUGGAGGCUGCAGUGUCCUUCUUAGAGACGGUAGAUUUAUCAUCAUUGCGGGCAGAGGAGGGUUCUACGCCUGGGAAGCCUGGCUCGCGUCCGACCACACCCAGGUCAGAGGUGACACCCAUGGCUCUUGGUCUUGCAGACGCCCCCGAUCUCGCGCAAGGUCCGUCGCCUAGAAUAGGCUCUACUAUCUCGCCACCUAGCCCGACCACCACGAAAGCGAAUCGCCGUCUUAGCAAUCUCAUUACUACACAGACGAAUCGCAUCGAAGCUGCUUCGGACGCUGUCCGUGAAUCCAUCAUAGACUCUGCCGACCAGGCUUUGGGGAGAAUCAACAACACACUGGACAAUAGCUUCAAGUUUCUUUUCGGCAGGAUGAAGGAAAUGGAUCCCGCUGAUCAGCCCGCCUUGCCAAAGACGCUGGAAGAAGCGAGGCAGCUAGUCACCUCGCCAUCCAAACUCUACCACGACGACGAAAACGCUAGCAUCAGCGCGACAAGCUCAAUGAUGGAGGAGGACCGGAGAGACGACCGGGACCUGGGCGCGAAAAUGACCGAUCUAUUCGCCGGCCGACGACCCAUGAGAGACCGCAGUGCAGAUUCGACGCAGUCCGGCGGUAGCAACAGUGGCAGACGCGGCAUUCCCUUCACUGCAUCCUCCAGCGACGCCAUCAAACCGACGCUCCUCACAUCCAAAACGGAACCCGUGGCCGCUCCACAAAACACCUCCGCAGUCGACUCUAUUCGCAAUAUCGGAAAUAGCAUCAACCCGCUGAACCGCUUCGCAAACAUAAACGUCCUCCCUCGCUUCGGAAGAGCCCCGACCAGCACGCACACCACGCCAACCACCACCCCUUCUGUUGCGGAACAAAAUAAACAGCUUCCUUCCUUACCUGCAGCUGCCACCCCGCGAUCAGUGUCUGGAGAAGCGCCGCAGACGUCGGCGACAUUAGCGGACGAUAAAGGUGCCCGCGCUAUUGCUGCGCUUGAGGGGCUGAAGAAAACAACUCCUCCUGUUAAGAAGUUCUUGGACACGAAGGAUGCACAGGACUUGAAGUUGAGGGAGGUUGAGGAACUCUUGAAGGAGUAUCAGAGGUUGGCUGCCGCGUUAAGGGGUGCUAUCAACUAUUAA